ACUGAACUCUAUUAAUGUUAUUGUUAAUUAAAUAAAAAUAAAAUCAACAUAAAAUCAAAAUUGAUCUAUAAAUUAUUAACUUCAUGUUUGUCACAGAAUUUAAUUAAAAAUAGUUCAUUAAAGAAUAUAUUGUCAUUAAUACAAAUAUAAAAAAUUGAGUUUGUUGGUUAUAGUGUUAUUGUUGUUGAUGUUGCUGUUUGCCCAUACCAGUUUAAAAUAUCUACUAUUUUGGAAAAAAGUAAAAAUAUAAAUACAGAAAUUGCCAAACAUUUCUAGAAAAAUAAAUCAUGAACACAUUAAGAAAAUUGACUUUUCAAUAUUAAAAAAUUUGAGCUUGUUGGUUAUUAUUUUAUUGUUGUUGUUGACUCAGAAUAAUUUAACAAAAAUAUCAAAUAUUUUGGUGAACAGUUAAAAUAUAAAUAAAGAAGUUAUUAAUAUAUCAAACAAUUAUGGCAGAAAACAAUGUGAGAUUUCAUGAUGGUGUUAAAUUUAUAUGCAAAUCAUCUAAUAAAAAUAUAAAUGUCAGAUACUUUAACUGUUGUUAUGAAAAGUGUAAAGCACGUGGAAAAGAAUCAGAUACUAUGCCAUUUACAUUAAUAAGAAAUACACACAAUCAUAGUUUGAAGAAUGGCAAUGAUGCAUUGAUACAUCAAUUUAAAAAAAAACUUCAUACUAAAGUACAAUUAACGAUGGAUAAAACUCGGAAAGUGUACAACGAGAUAGCGAAUGAGCAUCCUACUGCUGCAUCACAAAUACCAUUCGUUCGUGUUGAUCGUAGUAUGCGUCGAUGGAGAGCUAAAGUAUGCCCUAAACGUCCUAAAUCACUGGAAGAAUAUGGAGCAGUACUAAAUUCUGAUGAGUGGAAGCAUCUUCUUCAAUACGAAGGAGGACAACUUACCUCCAAGUCAACAGAAUUUACAGAUGCUGAAGGAAAAACUUUCACCAUUAUUAACAUGGCAAAUGUUGAUUUACUGUCCACCAUUCAAUCUAAUGAGUUUUGCGUUGAUGCAACUUACAACGUUUGUCCUAAAUAUCUAGGCAAACUCCAGUUCCUCACAAUUAUGGCCCUGAUUGAUGAUACAUUUGAACCAAUUUUCUGGGCUUUGAUGCCUCGAAAAACUGAAGAGGCAUACAAAUUAGUUUUUCAACAAUUUUUAACCUGGACACAACACAUGGAACAUCAAAUGUUUCACACGGAUUAUGAACAAGCCAUAUCAAAUGCUAUACAAUCAAUAUUUAAUAAUGCUACUAUUAUUUAUUGUUAUUUUCAUUAUCUCUACAUAUUUUUUUUAUUGCAGAAUUUACUAAAAAAUCUUAAAAAAAUAAUAGGACCAAAUAAGAUGAAAGCAUUGCUCUCUUGGAACCAGGGGAAAAUAUUCUAUAGAAAAUUAAUGGCUCUACCUUUAUUUCCACCAAAUGAUAUUGUUCGAGUUUUAGAUUGGAUUGUAGCACAUGCUACACCCAAUCAAACGAUUUUUUUUUCUACUUUCAUUGCAUACAUUAGAAAUACAUGGAUCAAUAAUAUUGGCGUACACAAGUUUAGUGUUUAUAGAAUUACUCGUCGUACAAACAACCCAAUUGAAUCCUAUCAUCGUCAUUUGCGAGAAAAACUUGGUUCUCAUCCUUUAAUUUGGGAGUUCACUAGUGGAUUAGUAAAACUCGUAGCGAUUACUCAUAGUGAGUUAACAGCUCUAAACUCAUCAUUAGCAGUUAGACGUCCUCCUGAACGUCGUUACCGCGAUCAGGAAAAUGUUCUCAGCAGAGCAUGGCAAUUAUAUGAAGAACAUAUUUUAGAUAUUCCAAAGUUUUUAUCAUGUGCCAAUCAUUUUUUACGUGGACUUGGAAACAAAUAUAUGAUAAUUAAAGACAUUCCAAGCGUUGAUUAUUUUUCAUAUGCACCAAAACACAAUAUUGAUAUAUUACCUCCUGUAGAACAAGUUCAUGUAAUUGAAAUAGGACCAGAUGUUGGUUGGCUUCCAAUAAUACCACAUACUUAUAGUGAUAACAGAGAAGUUUUAUUGUUUGACAAUUUAGCAGAUUCUUUAUGUCGUAUGUGCUAUCAAGAAAUUGCUGAUUAUAUCACAGUACCUUGUCAUCAUUGGUAUUCAUGCUUAAAUUGUAUUGAAAAAAUUAGAGUUUUGUGUGAAAGAAAUAAUACGCCUCUACGAUGUUCUUGUACAAAUACAAUAAUUGCUUUUACACGAGUUCAAGUAAGCUAAAUCCACAAGUGCAAACUUAUUAUUAGUGAAAUAUAUGAUAUUUUUAUAUUUAAAAAAGAGACAGCAUUAAUAAAUACUCUUUAU